AUGAUCGGUUUCAAGAAUAUUUCAGACCUGAAGAUCCUGCUUUUCAUUCUGUUUCUGAUCACCUACAUCCUGAUAUUAAUUGGAAAUUUCUCUAUCGUUGUAUUGGUGUCAACAUGCUAUCAUCUCAAUGUGCCCAUGUACAUUUUCCUGAGAAACCUUUCCUUGGCAGAUGUCCUUUUCACCACCAAUAUUAUGCCAAAUAUGUUAUAUGUUAUACUGGAAGAAGGAGCUGGUAUUUCCACUGCAGGUUGCUUUAUUCAAUAUUAUGUUUUCUGUGCUUCCACAUACACCCAAUCUUUGAUUCUUACUGUGAUGGCUUUUGACCGCUAUUUGGCCAUAUGCCAUCCAUUGCGUUAUUCUUCCAUCAUGAACCAAAAACUCUGCCUCCACCUUCUUUGCUGGCCUUGGGCAAUCUCUUUUAUCUUCUUCCCAAUUGAAAUAGCUUCUCUGUUCCAGGUAAAAUUUUGCGCUUCCAACAUUAUUGAACAUUUCUUCUGUGACUUUGCUCCAAUUCUAGCCAUUGCUACUUCAGACACAUCAACCGUAGAGACAGAAGACUUCAUGUUUUCGAUUCCCCUAAUGUUUAUGCCAUUUGUGUUUGUUACCACCUCCUACUUCUGUAUCUUUAUAUCAAUACUUAAAAUGACAUCUAUUGCAGGUCGAUGGAAAGCUUUCUCUACGUGUAGUGCCCACCUUGCCACCAUUUUUGUCUUUUAUGGCACUCAGAUCACCAUAUAUAUCUUUCCAGUUGGAGACAAUACAUUUUAUGGCAAAACUGUGAAAUCUCUUUUAUAUACUGUCCUGACUCCAUUUGUGAACCCAAUUCUCUAUAGCAUGAGGAACCAUGAGAUGAAGAGAGCAUUACUGCAACUAUUUCAUAGGAACAACAAAAAAAACAUACCCUAA